CGAGGCGGCCGCGCCGCGGACAAAGCCAAGACAAUUCCAUGGAAGAGAUGGACUGCUCUGACUCCUAAGGCUUUCUCAGCUCUUUAGAACACGUCUUUAGCUGAUUUGAGUGAAGCCCCCGUGCUCUCCAUCAGAAUCUCCUCCUCUGAAGCGGUCACCUGCGUGUGGAGCCUGCCCCACACCCAUCACCUGCCAAACCACGGCCUUUACCUGUGUCUUCCGGUGUUUCCCGUGCGACCCAUCCUGUGGCAGUGCCUCCUGGGCCACCCCGGAGUUCACGCAGCGCUCGGUGGCUCCAAUGGUGAAGAUGACAAGGUCCAAGACUUUCCAGGCAUAUCUGCCUUCGUGCCACAGGACCUACAGCUGCAUUCAUUGCAGGGCUCACCUCGCCAACCACGAUGAACUCAUUUCCAAGUCCUUCCAAGGCAGCCAAGGACGAGCGUACCUCUUCAAUUCCGUAGUUAACGUGGGCUGUGGCCCUGCAGAAGAGCGGGUGUUAUUAACAGGAUUACAUGCAGUUGCAGACAUUUACUGUGAAAACUGCAAAACCACGCUGGGUUGGAAAUAUGAACAUGCUUUUGAAAGCAGCCAGAAGUAUAAAGAAGGCAAAUACAUCAUUGAACUAGCUCACAUGAUCAAGGAUAACGGCUGGGAUUGAAUGGGAAGAGCCCAGCCCUUCCAGCGUGUAAGAGAAUGCCAUCCAACCGAACAUUAUAUCCAAGAGUGAGAGAGUGACUGAACGCUUGGUUCCAUGCAUUUAGAGGCUCUGCAGUUUGGGAGCAUCUUCACACCCUUCUCCAUCUUUAUUGGUGACUGGCCUCUAAAUUUCUGUCUCUCUGUCUCUUUGCUUUGUACCUGUUUGUGAGUUGACCCUGGCUGCUUCUCUCUCUGUUCUGGCGUUGGCUAAGAGAAUGCACCGAAUGCCCGACAGCCAUUCCAUGUUGACGAGCGCUUAAGUACAAACCCAAGCUGGCUCUGUGGUGGCGUUUUGUCAGAAGGUCUCGGUGCGAGAGGAAGACCCRAGUUUUGGGCAGGAGAAGGUGAAAGGGGGUGGGGAGCGGGCCACAAGGGAAGUCGUCCGAAGUGAAACUGUGCUUCUCCUUUAAGUCCUGGUUAACCAAGGCUUGAAAUUCUUUGCUUGUCUGAAUGGACAGAAAUAUACCUCGCGGCGGCGGCGGCGUUCGCUCCGAAUCUUAAAUCCAUGGCUCCAAAAGGGGGGCCUUCAUCUAAGGCGGCUGAGCGCAAGUCACGGCCGGGGCCCCGGUGUUUUGUUCGCCCUGUGUGAACCUCAUCUGGGGGAGGAAGGGGAGACCUGAUGGCUGCAGAGAUCCCUCCCCUCUCAUUUUUCUCUCUGUUUCAGAGUAGGUUGGCCAGCCCCCCCAACAGAGCACGGCUGUGGGAGCAUCCGCAGCUGGAGAAACCAAAUCCUGACUCUUGAGCCCGUGAGAGAGGAGGAGAAAAACCUUUAAGGCAGAAGGGGCUGGAACUGCAACUUAGAAGACAGGACAGAAAACGAAGUCAUGUGUGAGGCAAGGAAGGGGAAAUCGUUUAGGGGAGGUUGGAGACAAACUUAGUGGCAUAAGAUACAUCCCCUUGAUCUCCCAGCCUUUAUUGAGCAUCUUUGGGAGUGUUUUACCAAUUCUUUGCAAAUGCAAGUAGAUAAUUGCUGUUACAGUGUCUUUUUUUUUUCUUUUUUUUUUUCCUUUAAAUCUCAGGCGCCAGCUAUCAGCUCCACUCUUGGAGCCUGGGAAAGAAAUGAUGUGACAGUGGGGAGAGGAGGGAGCA